ACAACUUGUUUAGCAAUUCCCAACUGAUGGGCAUCUGAUGCCAGUUCUAUCAACAGCUAACUGUGUUCUUGGGCAAACUACCUCUCCUCACUAGACCUCUAGACUUUCACCAAAUGAGGGGUUAGACUAGAUGAUCUCUAAGGUCACUUCCACCUCUAGCCUCCUAAGUUCUAAGACUGAGUUAUUCUAUCUUUGACAUUCUAUGCGUAAGGCCUCUUCCUACUCUAACAUUCUAUGCUCUAAAGCCCCUUCCUGCUCUAACGAUCCAUGAUCUAAGGCUCCUUUCAUCUGACAUUCUAUGACCUAAGGCCCCUUCCAAUGCUAAUAUUCCAUUAUCUAAGGCCCCUUCCAUCUCACAUUCCAUGUCCUAAGGCCCUUCCCAACAUUAACAUUCUAUGUUCAAGGUCCCUUUUCUAUUUUAAUAUUCUGUGUUCUGUGAUCCUUUCUAGUUCUGAAAUUCCGUAAGGUCUGCUAUAGCUUUAUCCCAGAUCCUCAAGGGCCUUGGCUCAUCCCCUCCUCAACCUCUAUGCUUAGUAUAUUGGGGAAUGGGGGUGGAGAAGUGCUUACAAGCUAGGAAGAGUGGGUAGGAAAUGUGCCUGACCCCUACUCCUGCUUCUGAACAUCCCUACAGAUCUCUGUCACUCGCACAGCCCCUGCCCCAGGCUCAUUCCCACGUGGGGGAGGGAUGGGAAGCUGCUGUGUGGAGUCCUGGGACUUGUCCCUGACACAAAGGAGUGGGAGGAUGGGGUGGAGGGGAGAGAGGGAGGGAUUGAGGGAGAAGAGGUUGGGCUCUAGCUCUUGUUCUACCCGACUCUAGGAGCAGCCGUUCUCCACCUCGAUCUCUCCCUGGGCUAGUAAGCUGAGUCGUCCUGCCCUAAUGUCAAAAGCGAUGUUCUUUCUGCCCUACUCUCCCUGGUUCACCUUGGUGAGGAGAGGAGCUGUGGGGGUCCAAAGCAUCCGGCACGCCCAUGGCUCAGGAGAUACUGCCUGCAGCCAGAAGAUGCCUCCGUACACGAACUACCAUGCAGAGCGCAAUUACCCCAUGCCGGAUGAGCCCUUCUGCAGUGAGCCAAGCCCCCAGCAGCGGGCGCUGAAGGAAAAGGAGAAAGGGCCGUGGCAGCAACUUACAGAUGCUGAGAAAGUGGCCCUUUAUCGCAUGCAGUUCCAUCAGACCUUUGCAGAGAUGAACCGACCAUCCAAUGAAUGGAAGACGGUGUUGGGAGGAGUCUUCUUUUUCUUUGGUUUCACUGGAAUCCUGAUAUGCUGGCAGCGGCUAUAUGGCUUCCUGCAGUUAACUCCAAUUACCACCAACGAUCGGGAACCACUGCCUUUGAACAUAGAAUCCCCACACUGGAUAGAACCUUAUAACACAGAAUAUUAGAGCUAUAUUUCCGGAGAAGCCCAUCACAUUGUCUGAGGACUGGAAGUCCAAACAGCUGCAGCGGGUAUUGGACAUGAAGGGAAACCCAAUUCUAG